AAAACGUGUAAGGAAAGCUGCUGAUGGAUGGCUAAAACAGUCGUUACAAAAUUUAUCUUGUAACACUCCCCGGGCACUUUGCAACACUGUGGCCCAUUUCAUAAGCAGCACCGAAUCAAAAAUAAAGUAAACGUUCCAGGAAUCCGAGAAGGAUUUGGCGAAAUGUAUUAAGAGUCGUAUAAAAUGAUUGUCAAAAACAUUUGCAAAUUGACCCAAGUAAUGGGUAGGCUCCGUAUGGUUCCUGCCAUGGAGUUCCAUACCUCUGCGCCUCUGAGAAGAGGCAGUCUGUGCUUUGCCAAGGCUCCAAGUGGUGGUCAGGUUGCCCGACUGCAUCCUCCCCAUCCGCAUACGUCCACCGGCAUGCUGUGGGCAUUUACUGCGGCAUUCACAUUCAAUUUAUUCGGUAGCAGCGAUGAGAAGGAGGAGACCCCCGAGGACAAGCUGGUGAACACGAUCAAGCGAUCCAUCUUGUGCAUUCAGCGGGAGCAGUACGACAAGGCCGAGCAGAUGCUCCACCUGGCGCUCCGUAUGGCCCAAGACCUGCAGAGCAAGGACGGCAUAACGUAUGUGUACGAUGUGAUGGCUAACUUGGCCAUGGAGAGGGAGCAGUUCAAGAAGGCGGAAAAGAUAUUCACCGACGUUAUGAAGCGCCUCUUCGCCGACGGCCACAACGAAGAGAGUCCCAAGAUCCUGCACAUCAGCUCCAAGAUAGCGCACAUGGCCCAACUGCAGGGCGACCUCGAAAAAAGCUUUCAGGGCUUCACCUGGACGUUGCAGCAGUUGGCCAAGCUAUUAGAAAAGAUUCCAGAAGAUAAAGACAUACAGGAGUUGUAUGGCCUGACAAAGAACUGGUUUGGCCAGUUGCUGAUGAAGCAGGGAAACUAUUCGGAGGCGAGGAAACUCUUCAAGGAAGCUUACGAUACACUUGUCGAUGUAUAUGGCACCGUGAAUGAGGCAUCAGUCACCAUCCUGAACAACAUUAGUGUGGCUUAUGUUAAUCUGGAGAAGUAUGCAGAGGCUCGCGAAACUCUAAUGCUGGCAAUGGAUCUGGCAAAGGAGUUGAAAGACGUCACCCAGGAGGGCAUUCUUCAGGCUAACUUGGGGCUGGUGUAUCUUCGCGAGGGAUUGCUGAAGCAGGCGGAGAAUGCUUGCCGUCUGGCCUGGAAAAUGGGAAAGCAACAUGGAAACCCAGAUGCUCUCGAGCAGGCCGAGUAUUGCCUUAAUGAAAUUAAGACAACGUUGAACGGAGAGAAGGGCCAAUGAGGCGCUUCUUCAAACUUGUAAAUCCUACAAACAAAUAUGUGUUUUUAAAGUAAAGAGAUAUUUUUGAAGCUUAAAAA